UUUACUUUAGGGACAGUUGUAUUUCAGGUGUACACACUGGCAUAAAUCUGCAAUCAGUGAAGUGUACUCACCUGCACUGUCAUUUAAAGCGCUCAGCGUAUGACGCCAUUACUAACUCUAAUUUCGGGUCAUGUUCAUGCUGUUAAGAUCGGUAAAACUGCGCAGGAGGAUACAAUGCGGCUGAGGGGGACCGUCGUUACCGUGGUUGUUGGGGCCAUAUGGAGUUUGGCAGUUACGGACGCAAUCGAACCGAUCAGUACCAGUUUAGCUGUCGGUAUGGCAGCAGCACUUACGGGAUUUCUCGCAACAUACCAGAAUAUGUUUUAUUAUUUUCAAGAAUGUUGCCAUCCAGAGUGGAUCUCAUACAAUAAAACAGGCUUGAAGAUAGACCUGGAAAAACGGUUGUUUGGUCAGCAUGUGGCUUCGCAAGUGGUGCUGAAGGCUGUUACAGGUUUCAUGAACAACAAGAACCCGAAGAAACCACUGGUCCUGUCCCUCCAUGGCUGGACUGGCACUGGAAAGAACUUUGUCAGUCAGCUGAUCGCUGAGAACAUUUACCGUGAGGGAAUGGGCAGCAAAUAUGUCCAUCUGUUUACUGCCACCGCUCACUUUCCCCAUGAGAAGAAUAUCGACAUUUAUAAAUCACAGCUGCAGGAGUGGAUCAAAGGGAACGUCACUAACUGUGCUCGCUCCAUGUUCAUCUUUGACGAGAUGGAUAAGAUGCUCCCAGGUUUGAUUGACAGCAUCAAGCCAUACCUCGACUUCUAUGAUCAGCUGAAUGGAAUUUCUUACCGUCAGGCAAUCUUCAUCUUCCUCAGUAAUGCUGGAGGAGAGAACAUUGUAAAGGUGGCACUGGAUUUCUGGAGCGCAGGAAGAGAACGAGAGGAGAUUGAGCUGAAGGAUCUAGAGACGGCGCUCUCUCUCUCUGUCUUUAACAAUAAGAAGAGUGGUUUCUGGCACACCAGUCUGAUAGAUAAGAACUUGGUGGAUUUCUUUGUGCCUUUCCUCCCUCUGGAAUACAAACAUGUUGUACAGUGUGGAAUGGCUGAGAUGGCUGCCAAAGGCCUUCAGCCAAAUAAGCAAGUGGUGGACAGAAUGGCCACGGACCUGAACUACUUCCCUAAAGAGGAGAGAGUGUUUUCUCAACAGGGCUGCAAAGUAAUCUCCAGCAGACUUGAUUUCUACACCUAACGUUACCCAAGCAAGGGAAGAACUAAGAUAUUCAGAAGAGCAAACACUUCAUGCACUUUCUUCAAAGAACUGCCCCUCUCAGAGAGAGAGAGAGAGAGGGAGUCCACUAGUUUUUAAGAAGGGGGGGCGGAUUGUGGGAUAAAGGAGAGAAAGAGAAUGCUUCACGUCACUUUCCACCACCCCCAGAAUGUCAUUAACAGUACUGUGAUUUACUGUAAGAUGGACAAAGACAUUAUCAGUGAUGUCACAACCAACACCACGCUUGGAUUGGAGGGGGCUGGGGGUUUGAAGCUGUGGGUGCUACCCUUUUUAACCAAUCAAAGCAUCAGUUUUCUUUAAAAAGUUUUUUUUUGUCAAGGACAUGAAAAUGAAUUCAGGGAAUAAGGAUGGAUAUAAAUAUGGUUGUAAAUGUCAGCUGAGUAAAUUGUGCAUUGUGGUCCAGUGUAGAAAAAUGAAUGGUAACUGUAAUAGGAUGAGAACACUGCCUUAAGUCAAAAUGUCCAAGACUUAAAUAUCUGCCUGUUCUUUAUCAUUAAACAAGAAUAAUUGAGUUUUUUUAUAUGUUGAUUCCUUACAGGCCAGUCUUAAACAGGCAAGACCCAGUUGACUUUUCUUUUCAUAGACAAAUUGUUCAGGUAGUGGAGCACACCAAAGUUUUUUUUUUCUAACAAAGCUCCAGUUAUUGUAAUUAAUGUAUCCUACCCUCUGUACAAACUAUGGUUUUAAAUAAGGUAAAUAUGCAAACAAUAGAAAUACAAAACUCUGAAGUGGACCUCUAGUGAUCCAAAUCAGUUUCAGAUUUCUCCAUGAAUGAAUAUGUGACUGACUUUGUGCAUGUAUUAGCUGAAAUUAGAAGAUAUCUGAAUCCAAAACUGGUGCCAAUGUGCUUCAUAAACUGUGAGAAUACUUGAAGGACUUAAGAUUUCUUUUUUAAUUAAACUGGGGCAAAAAGUAUUCAUAUGAUUUCAUUGUCAACCUGAGUGGAAAUUUCUGAGUCUAUAAGCAUUUCUAUAAGAAGGUGGCUGGCUUGACUGUUUAAUGGAGAAUUCAUUUGUGUAGCCUUUAUAAAUGUCACUGUCAGACAUGAAGUAGACCUGUAAUGAGACUGUAAUGUAAGUCAGUGCUCGGGCCUGUUUUCUCAGUAAUCCAGGUGUGUGAUCUGUACGUGGAGAGGCUGUAAGAAAGCUGAUGAGUCACUCAGAGUCUGAGUGUUCUGGUUGGCUCCCACCUCUGUCUGUCAUGGUUUU